CGUCUUGAUACUUCUUACCUGAAAAGUAAAAGUAGCUGCUUUCCUACCGAGGGAAAAACAUUUUUGCCAAGCAAAGUGAAAAAUGUACUACUCUGCUUCUUCCCACAGUAUCCGUAAAUAUGCUGAGGCCGUUUGUUUUGCCAGAUGGUUUUUGAGACCCUGCUAAAAUGAGAGAUGCCUUCAUUUUACAUUUCUCUCAAAUUCUACCACAAACCACACUUCUUGCGAGGAAAAAAAGUUGCCACGUCAGCAUGUUUACCUUCAAAUGACUAGGAAGCCGAAACUCUCCCAUAAAUGAUGACUCACCAUCAUAGGUCUAUAAAAGUAAAGACACUUGUCUGUGGAAAGGCACCAGCCUCCAGGCACAACCAUUCAAGAUGCACGCAACUGUCCUGGCUGUGCUCCUCGUCUUGGGCUGGACUCCUUGUCGGUCUCUGCCGCUUCCCAGUGAUGACGACGACGACCUGUCGGAGGAAGACUUCCAGUUUGCAGAGCGCUACCUGAAAUCAUACUACCAUCCCCCGAGUCUUGCUGGAAUCCUGAAGAAGAAUGCAGCAAGCUCCAACGCGGACCGGCUCCGAGAAAUGCAGUCUUUUUUCGGCUUAGAGGUGACGGGCAGGCUUGACGACAGCACCUUAAACAUCAUGAGAAAAGCAAGAUGCGGGGUCCCUGAUGUGGGAGAAUACAAUGUUUUCCCUCGAACGCUCAAAUGGUCCAAAAUGAAUUUAACCUACAGAAUUGUGAAUUAUACCCCUGAUCUGACUCAUUCUGAGGUUGAAAAGGCAUUCAAAAAAGCCUUCAAAGUUUGGUCCGAUGUGACACCUCUGAACUUUACCAGACUUCACAGUGGCACUGCAGAUAUCAUGAUCUCUUUUGGAAUUAAAGAGCACGGCGACUUCUACCCAUUUGAUGGACCCUCUGGUCUGCUGGCUCAUGCUUUUCCUCCCGGGCCAAAUUAUGGUGGGGAUGCCCAUUUUGAUGAUGAUGAAACUUGGACAAGUAGUUCCAAAGGCUACAACUUGUUUCUCGUGGCUGCCCACGAGUUCGGUCAUUCCUUAGGUCUCGAUCACUCUAAGGACCCAGGGGCUCUCAUGUUUCCCAUCUACACCUACACGGGCAAGAGCCACUUCAUGCUCCCUGACGACGAUGUGCAGGGGAUCCAGUCUCUCUACGGUCCAGGAGACGAAGACCCCAACCCUAAACAUCCUAAAACACCAGACAAAUGUGAUCCCUCCUUAUCCCUUGAUGCCAUUACCAGUCUCCGAGGAGAAAUGAUGGUCUUUAAAGACAGAUUCUUCUGGCGCCUGCAUCCUCAGCAGGUUGAUGUGGAGCUGUUUUUAACAAAAUCGUUUUGGCCAGAACUUCCCAACCAUGUUGAUGCUGCAUAUGAGCAUCCUUCCCAUGACCUUAUCUUCAUCUUUAGAGGCAGAAAAUUUUGGGCUCUUAAUGGUUAUGACAUUCUGGAAGGUUACCCUAAAAAAAUAUCCGAACUGGGAUUUCCAAAAGAGGUUAAAAAGCUAAGUGCAGCGGUUCACUUUGAGAGCACAGGCAAGACUCUAUUCUUCUCAGGAAACCAGGUCUGGAGCUAUGAUGACACUAACCAUAUUAUGGAUAAAGACUACCCCAGACUAAUUGAAGAGGAUUUCCCAGGAAUUGGUGAUAAGGUAGAUGCUGUCUAUGAGAAAAAUGGUUAUAUAUAUUUCUUCAAUGGGCCCAUACAGUUUGAAUACAGCAUCUGGAGUAACCGUAUUGUACGGGUCAUGCCAGCCAAUUCCCUAUUGUUAUGUUAAGUGUUUUUAAAAUAUUGUUAUUUAAAUCCUGGGGAGCAUUUGGGAUAAUACUUCCAGUGAUUUGGGCAGGGGAGAGUUACCAGGGGAAAGCUUCGUUCUGUGAACAAGCUUCAGUAAGUUAUCUUUGAAUAUGUAGUAUCUGUGCAUCUGUGUGUGGCUGGAACCACAUUUAUUUUAAAGUAAUGAAAUUCAGGUCCUGCAAGGAUCACCGAAUUCCUGUGUGCUAUACAGAAGCAGUAGUUGAUAAUAUUUCCCACAUUAAAAAUGGGACACAUGGUCUGUGAAAGAGUUACCGUAAUUUUAAAAUAUAUUUAUAAGGAAACUUUGAAAGACAUAAAAGUAAAUCACAUUUAUACAAUUAAUGGAUCAUUUUUAUUAAAAAGUAUAAAAUAGUAUGAAAAUGGUAUUUUCAGGGAGCAUAUGGUAGCAUGAACAA